UGAUCAAAGAAUUUUGUUAUGUGUACUUGUUAAAGUAACUUGCUAGGGUAUUCGAAUUUCGGUGCUGGAUGCUGCCAGAAAUGUGGAUUAGAGAAAGUUUAUAAAAACCCGGUGUAAUUAGCAAGUAGCAGUUAGUUUAAAAAAAACAAUACAAAGAGUGCCAGUUAAGUUAAACUAAUCAAAAACUAACAUUGUAGUGCGGAAUCCAAUUGAAAAGCAGAAACAAGGCUGUUGAUUUUGAUGUUCAUUUUGCUGUAACGGUGCAAACAGUUCCAAAGUUGAAGUGUUAUUUGAAGAGAAUUUGGUAAUAAUGAUAAAUAGCCAUAUUGACGAUUUGGAUUUGCGUUCUCAAAAGUGCGGACAUCGGCAGAACAACAAUAACAACCACAACAACAUCAAUAAACAAGCAAACGACAAUGAUGACGAUGACGACACUUCAUCAACAUGUUCGGAUGAGGCACAGACAAGGAAACGUAACACAGAAUACCAAAGUCAACCAAAAUCAGUUAAGAACUUUCACUCACUGAGCGAAAUGUCAACGCCAGCCAAGUCAAAGACGACAACGCAUAGCAGUAGUCUUGCGCAAAAUUUGGACAGCGGCAAGGAGAACGAGAGAUACAACGCUGAUAUGUGGCGCAAUGAGUUGCAGCAAAGCGAGCAACUUGUGGCUGAUGUGAAGCCGGAUCAGAACCAUAGGAAUAGCAUUAGCAAGUACAGUGAUAUAAUCGAUAUUGGUAUACGUAUUGCAAUUGUGCUGGGAUUCAUUAAACUAGAGACGAUGUCACCAUUCAAGCGGGAAAUACACCCCGAAGAGCUUUGGCUGUAUAAGAAUCCACGCCGACCGGACAUCGUUAGGGGCGAUGAGCUGUUAUUGUCCGUAAUUGGCGUGCCUUUGUUUCUGACAAUCAUAUUCUAUGUGAUGACUAAGGAUCGGCGGGAUUUUCGCGCCGCUAGCUGGGCGUGGACAAUGGCGGUGUGUAUGAAUAGCAUACCAACGAGCUUGUUAAAGAUCACUGUUGGACGACCACGCCCGGAUUUCUUUUAUCGCUGCUUUCCCGACGGCAUUAUGGUGCUAAAUGAAACCGCCAGUGCCUUGGGCAGCGUUUUCAUCGAAUUUAAUUGCACGGGCAAACUGAGUGACAUCAACGAGGGACGCAAGAGCUUCCCCAGCGGCCACUCUUCAUUUGCUUUUGCCAGCUUUGGCUUUGUCAGCUUCUAUGUGGGCGCUAAACUGCACGCAUUCGAUACCCGUGGACGGGGGCACACUUGGCGGCUGUGCAUUGCUGUCAUGCCGCUUAUUGUGGCCGCCUUGGUGGCAAUCAGUCGCACCUGUGACUAUCACCAUCAUUGGCAGGAUGUGGUUGUGGGUGCGCUAAUUGGCCUCGUCAGCGGAUACUUUAGCUACAGGCAAUAUUAUCCCUCAAUAUUCUCGCCAGAUGCUGGAACUCCGUUCGUUCGCUGGUGGAAAUACAGUCGCCUAGAGGCGAAAUCUAUGGAUGAAGCUGGAGAUGAUUUGACUAGACCGCUGCUGGGCAAACAGCCGUCUAGCAAAUGGCACUAGAAUUAACUGUAGAAGAAGCUAUCAUCCACGAAAGUCGGCAAUUGGGAAUGUCGCUUCCAUAACAAAUGUAGCGAUUUGCGACAAAAAACCAUUGUAUUCCUAAAGGUAAAUCAUACCAAUUAUUGUGGGCUUUAAUGUGCAGCUGUUCUGCAUAUAUAUAUAUAUAUAUAUAGAAUUGUUAGGGUAGUAGGUGGACAAUAUCACCCAGGUAUUCUAGUUCAAUUUGUUAAAGUUAUGUUACUUAGUAGUCGAGAAAUCCAGAUAAUGUGGCACAAUAGCCAGCUAACUAAACAGUCAAUAAUUCAAUUAAACAAUGUGUGUGGGAACAAAGAUGUGUAUCAAAUAUCAAACCAGACGCUUGAAUAAAUACAAAGUUGAUUAUAGUUUA